GUCUGUGAAUAAUUAACGAUUGAAUAUUAAAUGAAUCAUUAAUUCUGUGAUUCAAAUGCGACGUUCCCAUCGAGAGCGCCAACUGGACUUCCGGUGGAAAAAUGCGCAACGUCUACUGCGCCUGAAGUGGGGGAGGAAGAGAUAGAGCAAGGCAGAACAGCUGAUUCCAUCGUACUCGGAAUUACUGACAGGUGUUCGAAUGUCAAAUUCUCAUUUUUUCCUCCCUCUCUUCUAAAUCGGUUGAUGGUGAUUUAAAUUCACUCACUGGAAGGGAAAUGGAGCCCCAGGAUAUUUACUACAAUAAAGCGGAGUACGUCGAGACGGCCUCGGGAAAUAAAGUCAGUAGACAAACUGUUCUCUGUGGAUCUCAGAACAUCGUUCUGCACGGGAAAGUCAUUGUCCAGUCCGACGCGAUUAUCAGGGGGGAUUUGGCGAACGUCAGGACUGGGCGGUACUGCAUAAUCAGUAAGAAUGUUGUCAUCAGACCUCCCUUCAAGAAAUUCAGUAAAGGAGUGGCAUUUUUUCCACUUCAAAUGGGAGACCACGUGUUCGUCGGAGAACGAGCGGUAGUUAAUGCAGCUGUUGUCGGAUCAUACGUCUACAUCGGUAAAAAUGCAGUAAUUGGAAGACGGUGUAUUCUCAAAGACUGCUGCUACGUUGAAGACGGCGCUGUCGUCCCCCCAGAAACGAUAGUCCCCUCGUUCACGAGAUUCGCUGGUAAUCCAGCAACGCCAGUGGACGACCUCCCUGAGUGCACGCUCGAGCUGAUGGUCGACUUCACGAAGAAUUAUUAUCAACAUUUCCUACCAGCAUCGAACUAGCCUUUGUUAACACCAAAGUAUUAUAAUUUACCGUGAUUUUUGUACUAUGCCUAAAUAUUUAUUUAAUUGUCUUAUAAAUUUUAAAAUUCUGAA